GGAACAUGUAAUAUAAAUGAAAGUAUUUUUUAUAAAUCUCUUUCUUUUAAUUAGCCUCGUAAGUAUUUCCUAAUUGCAAAAUUAACUUAACAUCUAGUUUCGUAUUAAAUUUUGAGUCUCAAUUUCUAUUACAGUUUUUUCGUUUGGUUUUAUGUAGAAUACCAUUGCACGCCCGGGAAAUUAAAAAAAAACAAAGGCUAUCUUUCUCUUUCACGGAAGCUCUUUCUUUUGAUUUCUUUCUUUACACUUACGAGCUUUGCGUUAACUUAAAAUAAGUAGGAGCUUAAUUAAAAUAAACAUAUACACAAAUUAACCAAGUAUUGAGUGAUCAAGUGCAGUUUAUUCCUAUACUCAACACGAUUGGACGCGGCCAGAGUUCAAUAAACUUCGAUGUCGGGCAGGCCUUUUAGAAAUGUCAUUAGUGGUUGGUUAUUGGAUUUUAUUGUGAAUGUUUUGUGAUUCUAUCUUAACUAUCUAUAUGUGCUAGUGUCAGAGACGUGUUGCUAUGGAAAAUCAGAAUCAUCCUGAGAGAGUUGUGCCGGUUCAAUAUGGUAGAGGUUCAAGAGCUUUUCGUCAGUUUAAAAAUCCUCCACAACCGCACAUGUGUAUCCAAGAUACAAUAAAGGGCACUUCUGAGAAAUUGUACAUUAAUGUGUUGGGAUGGCAGAAAAUAGCUAACCCGAAACAAUAUUCAGAUCCCAUUCCUUUGUAUGGUGGAAUGCAGGUGCCACAGAACUAUGGGCCCAAUUCAGGAAGGCCUCCAAUGAUAGUUUUUGCAGUUAUGGUCAAUCCAGAUAUUCUCAAAGCUAAUGGGAAAAAUGCCAGCAGUCCUACGGAUCGUGAAGCACUAGUGAGUCUACUCUGUGACUUUGUGGAGGCUAUGAAUCCAGGGCUAGUGUUGGCAAGGAGUCCUGUCAUCAUGAAAGAUAGAGAUCUUGCGGGGGAACUGAAGGAUGUUUGGCUUGCUGUACAAAAUAAAAGAGAAAGGGAGAAAGGAAUGAAUCAAGAUGUUAUGUAUAAGGUUUAUGACAUAGAUGGUAUUGGUGAAGACAAUAUGAAUGAAGAUGAUGUUCAAAUGAAACAAGGGGGCUCUCCCAAUAGGGGACCAAAUGGUGAUAAAAAACCUGUCAAGUCAUCGAAACAAAUACUGUUGAAUGCUGGCCAGAAAUCAGAAUUCGAUUCAGGUAUGAACAAUUGCCAAUUAAACCAGACACAUUUAAACCGUGACAAUAAAACUGGUAACAGUUCGCCUGAUACUACAUACUGUACUCCUGUUUACGGUCAAAUAGUUUCAACACGAGAAAACCACAACCAAAUAAAUGACAUACAACAAAAGUUCUCUUCAAAUGAAAUUAAACCAUCAAGCUCCUUCCGGAAAGACUGGAAUCCCAUGCACGGCAAAACAACUGAAGGAUGGGACGAAUUCUCCAAACGCAACAUAUCCACAAUCAAAAGCGACGAUAAAAAGCGAUGUAUCAAAGACAAAACUAAAAUAAGCAAUGGCAAGUCUCAUUACGAUUUCUUCCCGUACUUUGACAAUAAAUCGGCGAAUGAAGUGGAGGGUUCAGAGGAAGAAGACAGUAUGAACAAGGAACAAAUUACGAACGAAGAAAAUUCUAAAAUAAUUAUAGACCCAAUGCAGAAACUAGUUCUGCAUUCGACUGAUAAGAAUAUAUGUGAUAAUAACACAAGUGCUCUCAGCUCAAUAAGCUCAUAAAAUUAGCUUUUACAAACUUUUUUGUAUGGCAGUUGACAUUUAAAUAUUUGAUGUAAUCGCUUGCAUGUCUGCAUACCCUCCUCGUACUCGUGACACUCGCAAUCUGAUCAAUCGAGAUGUUUACACUUGGUGAGUAUCUCACUACUCGAAUGCCAC